CCAAACCGCUCCUUUUGUUUUUUUUUUCUUUUUUUCUUCUUUUCUUUUCUCUUCCUCUUGCUUGCUUCGUCUACUUCCCAACUCCUCCACGAAGCAAAAAGGAAAAGAAAAAAAAAAAACUAAUCCGAGCGAAGCGUGUGUACGCACGCAGCAGCGCCUCGCCCGUACGGCCAUGGCCGCCUCCUCCUCCUCCUCCUCCCCUUCCUCCCUCCGCCUCCUCUCAAACCCUAGGUAGCACGAGAGUCCCCCACUCCCAGCCCCGCCGCGCCGAUCUGUGCUCCCUCCCGCCGCUAGAUUUCCGGUGGAAAAGCGCGUGUUUUUAGCCCUUCCCCCCCCCCCCCCCCUCUCCGGUUUUGCUCUCUGUGGACGCUUCCCGGCUCUGCUGGUUUUUUCCUCUGGGGAAGGAGCUGAUGGAGCCACGGGUUGGGAACAAGUUCCGGCUCGGUCGCAAGAUCGGGAGCGGCUCCUUCGGGGAGAUCUAUCUCGGAACUAAUAUCCAGACGAACGAGGAGGUCGCGAUUAAGCUGGAAAACGUGAAGACAAAGCAUCCCCAGUUGCUCUACGAGUCUAAGAUUUACAGGAUUUUGCAAGGAGGAACCGGAAUUCCAAAUGUCAGAUGGUUUGGUGUAGAAGGAGACUACAAUGUCUUGGUUAUGGAUUUGCUGGGUCCAAGCCUUGAGGACCUAUUUAAUUUUUGCAGCAGAAAAUUAUCUCUUAAGACUGUACUUAUGCUCGCUGAUCAGAUGAUAAACCGAGUGGAAUUUGUCCAUUCCAAAUCUUUUCUCCAUCGAGACAUUAAGCCAGACAAUUUUCUUAUGGGUCUUGGUAGGCGAGCUAAUCAGGUCUACAUAAUAGACUUCGGUCUCGCUAAAAAGUACAGGGAUACCUCCACUCAUCAGCACAUCCCAUAUAGGGAGAACAAAAACUUGACUGGGACAGCAAGAUAUGCAAGUGUGAACACCCAUCUCGGAAUUGAACAAAGCCGAAGAGAUGACUUGGAAUCUCUUGGAUAUGUACUUAUGUACUUUUUAAGGGGGAGUCUUCCUUGGCAGGGUCUGAAAGCAGGAACAAAGAAACAAAAGUAUGAGAAAAUCAGUGAGAAAAAAGUUGCAACAUCAAUUGAGGCUCUAUGCCGAGGCUAUCCUACUGAGUUUGCAUCAUAUUUCCACUAUUGCCGCUCACUGCGGUUUGAUGACAAGCCUGAUUAUUCCUACCUUAAGCGACUUUUCCGUGACCUUUUUAUCCGGGAAGGUUUUCAGUUUGACUAUGUGUUUGACUGGACAAUACUGAAGUACCAGCAAUCUCAAAUUGCUAGUGCUCCACCCCGUGCAGUGGGCCAUGGUGCAGGACCUUCUGGGUUAGCACCACCAGCAUUGCAAAACGACAGGCAGUCAGGUGUUGAUGAAGGAAGGACUAGUGGUUGGUCAUCAAUGGAUCGGCGCCGUGCCCCACCCCCUAUUGCAAGUGUUGGGACUUUGGCUAAACAGAAGGCACCUGUGGGAAAUGAUGCUUCUUUUUCUAAAGAGCCCGUGAUAUCUGCCUCGAAUUUUUUGGGACGAUCUAGUGGAUCUUCAAGGAGGCCUGCUGUUUCAAGUAGCCGAGAUGUGAUGCCUAUUGAUACUUCUGAACCAUCUCGAACUCGUGCCACUGAUGCAAGCCCUGGGGCAUUUCGGAGAACCUCUGGUCCCCAGAAAAGCUCACCAGUCAAUUCGGCAGAACCAAAGCAUUCAUCUUCUGCCCGACACUCAUCUAACGUUAAGAAUUACGAGUCUGCCCUCAAAGGUAUUGAAGGUCUUAAUUUUGACGGGGAUGAGAGGGUUCAGUACUAGCAAUGAAGGAACAUCUACAUGUGCUCUGUAAAAAUCAUAAUCUGUAGAUGAGCACAGCAUCUCCUGUUGAGUUUUGUAUCACAGGAUAUGUUAGGAGGAUGUGAAGUGCUUUUGCCAGAUGAUGGUCCUCUGGACACGGUAAAUAAGCGGUCAGCCUGAGGUGCCUGAAAUUUAGCUCUUAUAAUUAAUGUGACGGUUCUGUAAAUGUCUUUAUUAUUCGUUUGCUGGGGCCUCUCUAGUUCAUUGGUCAGCUGUAUCCCCAUUUCUAUUCCUUCCAGUACCAUGUCCAGAUACUAUGUCUCGGUAUAGCCAAGUGCCCAAGUGCAACUGGUCAAACUUGUAUUUGGAAACUGGUGAACUCGAAAAUGUAGAAUGUUUCAUCAGAUCAUUGAUUGACCUGAAGAUACUUCUGACUAAUGUUCUUUUGAAA